AUGAUAGUGCUGUAUUGGAUCAGCGGUGACCCUAGGCGUUGCAAGACAUUGGUGUCGAAUAGAAUAGGAGCAAUCCUGGAGGCAAGCUCGCCAUCGCAGUGGAGACAUGUUCUUACGCAAGAAAACCCAGCAGAUUGUACUACACGCGGACUCACCCCUUCCCAGCUGAAACACCACACGCUUUGGUGGAACGGACCACAUUGGCUGCAGCUUUCAGAGGAGCAUUGGCCAGUCAAUCCAGUUCAGUCCCCAAAAUCAGAACUUAUUUCAGGAGAGCAAUCCUUAAAGCACAUCGGAGCCCACAUUUCCUACGUCAAACGAUUCAUUUAUAAUACUCGUCACAAAAAAGCGGAUAGACUCACCGGCCCUAUUCAGGUAUCUGAAUUUCAACAGGCUUUGUUCGCACUGGUGCGGAUGGUUCAACAAGAAGUCUAUUCGGAAGAAUUAUCAAGACUACGAUCCAACAAAUUUCUAUCCAAACACAACAAACUCAGCCAACUAUCACCGUUUCUCGACGAUGAGGGGCUCAUGAGAGUUAAAGGCAGACUUAAGAAUGCUUUGCAGCUCUCCAUUUCUCAACGCACACCAAUAAUCCUUCCAAAGGCCCACCACCUGACGAUUUUGGUUAUAAGGAACGCUCAUCACAACACCUUACAUGGCGGUGUGCAACUAACUUUAGCUACAAUUCAUCAAGUUUUCUGGAUCGUCAACGGUAAACAGGCAGUAAAAAGGAUUCUGCCAUAG